AUGGCCAAAACCCCCCUUAUCGUCUUCAGCACUAAGAAUCAACCAGACGGCCACAAUGAUUUUCCCUUUAUCAUAAGAGGACUUUAUCAGAAUCACUUCGAAAGAGAGGGCUUUGAUCUCGAUACUUUGCCUAUCGGACAGACAGACUUCAUCCGGCUAAGAGAGGGUCAUGUCGGUGGUCAAUUCUGGAGUGCGUUUAUUCCAUGUGCGAAGCCCGGAGGUGAUGCUACACGCUCCGACCUCGUGGUCAUCGAAACACUUCAGCAGAUCGACCUCAUCCAUGCCAUGAUCGAGAAGUAUCCACAUAUCCUCAGCCUAGCCCGCACAGCUGACGAGGUAUGGGAAGUAUUUCGAUCCGGGCGAAUCGCCAGUUUGAUCGGGAUCGAGGGAUUGCAUCAGAUCGCCGACAGUGUAAGCGUCCUGAGAACGUAUCAUCGAUUAGGAGUACGAUAUAUCACGUUGACUCAUAACUGCGACAAUCGAUAUGCCACCUCGAGUUCCUCCAACCAGCAGACGGGCUUAUCCGAUGAUGGGAAACGCAUAAUCAAGGAAAUGAACAGGAUUGGAAUUGUGGGAGUGACACCGCACCCCCGAAAUGCCUCGGAUGAAGUUCUUGAUCUGCUACAGCAGAACGGUGGAGUGAUCAUGGUCUGCUUCCUGCCCAACCUCGUUGCCCCGACACCGCUUCCAGGGGAAGAAAAGCAAACACCAAAGGUCUCUGAUGUGGUGAAUCAUAUCAUCUACAUAGGCGAGCGGAUUGGAUUUGCCCAUGUGGGUAUUGGGUCUGACUUCGAUGGUAUGCUGCACGGGCCGCAGGGUCUUGACGACGUAUCACAAUAUCCAAAUUUAGUCGCCGAGCUACUCCGCAGUGGACUGAGCGACGAUGAUGUGCAAGGUAUCAUGGGCCUCAAUGCUCUGCGAGUCCUGCAAGCUGUUGAACAAAUUACUCGAAGGAUCUGCCGGUGCGAGGGUAUCUCGAUGCAGUGCGACGAAAUUGAUGCAAUGUGGACACCACAGCAAGAGUCCCUGUUGAGACAGGCAGGGGCAAGCCGGGUCAGAGAACAAAAUUGA